UCGCGAGAUCUGGCAACACUUGUUACCGCGGCCUGAUCCUCUCGGCUGGUUCCGCACACGCAUCUGAUCAGGCUGCUCCCGUCGGAGCACCAGUAUUUUUCUGUCACACAGCCGGAGAGCCUGGGCUUAAACAUGGUGUGCGGCGGCUUUACGUGCUCGAAGAACGCGCUGUGUUCCCUGAACGUUGUUUACAUGCUCGUUGGGCUCCUGCUCGUUGCAGUUGCAGCAUGGGGGAAAGGGUUCGGCUUGGUGUCGAGCAUCCACAUCAUUGGAGGGGUCAUAGCAGUGGGUGUCUUCCUCCUGCUCAUCGCCAUCGUAGGACUCAUCGGAGCAGUACACCACCACCAAGUCAUGCUCUUCUUUUACAUGGUCAUUCUGUUCAUUGUCUUCCUGUUCCAGUUCGGAGUUUCAUGUUCUUGUUUAGCAAUGAACCAAAGACAGCAGGUGGUGCUUCUGAACUCAACUUGGCAGAUGCUGGAGAACAAUACAAAGAUCGACCUGGAGAACCAGCUGAAUUGCUGUGGGCUGUUUAACAACAGCGACAUCAUCUCUCUGUAUGAAGCAGAUUUGCAAAGUUGUACUGCCAGUUGCAAAAAGGACAGCAAGUGUUUAGCUUGUGGGGAUAAGAUGCUGCAUCAUGCAACAGAGGCUCUAAAGAUCCUUGGAGGUGUUGGUCUCUUCUUCAGCUUCUCAGAGAUCCUGGGAGUAUGGCUCGCUGUGCGCUACAGAAACCAAAAGGAUCCACGAGCAAACCCAAGCGCUUUCCUAUAGUCGGUCCCACAUCACAGCUAAGAAAAGGCAGUUUUCAACACACUGGCACAUAAAACAUUAAGAGGCAGACGCUCGGGCCUAAACAUACAGUCGGCAACACGGAGUGGAUGAUUGCACUGAGCGCCUGACCAACACUGAGAAACAAAGUGCGCAACUCCACCAGAGACGACACUUCAACCACCCAUUCGCACCUGGAAACUUGUGUAUGAGAGGACUUGUAACACUGAGAAGUUGUACUGGUCCAGCCUUGAUUUGAGUAUCAGAUUUUUCUAUUUCAGCCUGUUUGCUAAAAGGUUGUGAAAACAUGCUGCAUGCGUUCUUCUCCCGCGCACACAGUCUCAUCCCACACAACGAACGAGUGGACAACUCUUCACUUGUAUGCAGCUUGAAAUGUUCCUCGUGUUUGUAGUGUAGUGCGAGCACAGAGCACCUGAUGUGCCGUCAGUGACGUACCCAAACAUCUUGUGUGGUGACGAGAAGCAAGGCACCGUCUUCACUUGUGGUGUAAAGUCGUUUUUUAAUUGUACAGUUUUCUCUCCGCACAUCAUGUCGUGAUUAGGGUUUAGGACGUGGAUUUUAGGUUCCAUAGAUGCUAGUGAUUUGGUAAGUGAGCUAUAACUGAGCCAUCUAUCGUACAGUCAGCGACAGUGUUGAUGCAGCCUUGAUGUUGUGCAUAAUUUAAUUUCAAAUGUUCUAGCUCAGAAACGUCCUGAUGGAUUUCCCGUGUACUCAUCCAUACUUCCUGUGUUUAGUUCUUCUGUCCCACCGCAGUGUUGCAUCGUGUAGAUACCGCUAGUAGAAAAGUCGAUUCUGGUAGUUUGUUACCGCUUGUGUAAC